GGUGCUACAAGAUCUCUGUACAUAGUGAUACUACAGACUAACACAGUUAUAUCUUUGAAUUCUUCCCAUAGCCCUAUGUGCUUAAGGAUUCCACUGUUUUUCUGAUGUUCUUUUUUCCUCUUGCAGGAAACAUCAGGCAGGCAUGUUGGAGUCAACCCUUGGCUAGGAGGCUGUCCGGUCCUUUCUCUUCCCGUUCUCUUGGUGUUUCUCCACUUCUACCUCACUCCGGGACAAACCGAAGAUGCGUGCCUGGAAAGCUCUGGCGGGCACUUUAGCCUUUACAGGAAUAGAUGUGACAGUGACCACGCUACUCUAUGAACGCAGCCGGGGGAACGGCAGCAUCCUUCAGGACCUGAAGCACUUUAAUAUCUUUGAUUCCAUGCUCGAUAUCUGGGGGGCCUGCCUGUAUAGGAGUUGUCUGCUCUUGGGUGCUGGCAUCGGAGUCGCCAAAAACACAAACUAUGGCCCCAAGCGGUUGAAACGGUCCCGGAUCUUCAUUACACUUGUCUGCCUCGCGGUGGGCAUUUACACCCUUGUCAAGCUACUUCUCUACUCAGAGGUGAGGAAGACUAUCAAGAACCCCUGGUUUUGGAGUUUGUUCACCUGGACGUAUAUAUCCCUGGCAGCCACGUUCUUCUUGUGGCUGCUGUUGGCCUCUGUGAGACCCUCCAGGGAGUCUUUGGGAGUGAAUUCUGAAUCCAGGACUGAGGCCGAGGAAAUUGCUGACCCCAGUUUUCCUAGUACUCAGGAAAAGAAGGAAGAGGCAUCAGCAGCCACCAUUUGCAAGCUGUUGUCUUACACCAAGCCAGAUGUUCACUUCCUUGCAGUGGCCUUCUUCUUCCUCAUACUUGCUGCUUUAGGUGAGACAUUCCUUCCAUACUACACAGGCCGGGCUAUUGAUGGAAUAGUAAUCCAGAAGAGCAUGGAGCAAUUUUCCACUGCAGUCAUGAUCAUGGCCCUUCUAGCCAUAGGAAGCUCAUUUGCCGCAGGUAUCCGGGGAGGCGUCUUCACCCUUGUGUUUGCUAGACUCAAUAUCCGACUCCGCAACAGCCUCUUCCAAUCGCUGGUCUCCCAAGAAAUGAGUUUCUUUGACGAAAAUCUCACUGGUGACAUUAUUUCCCGCCUGACAUCAGACACCACAAUCGUGAGUGAUCUAGUCUCUCAGAACAUCAACAUUUUCCUGCGCAACAUGGUCAAAGCUACAGGGGUCAUUGUCUUCAUGUUCAGCCUCUCCUGGAAACUCUCCCUGGUUACCUUCAUGGGUUUUCCCAUAAUCAUGCUCAUGUCAGAUCUUUAUGGGAAAUACUACAAGAAACUCUCCAAAGAGGUCCAGAAUGCUUUGGCGAAAGCAAACAACACUGCUGAGGAAACCAUCUCAGCCAUGAAGACUGUCCGCAGCUUUGCCAAUGAAGAGGUGGAGGCAAAUGUCUAUUCGGACAAACUACAACAAGUCUACAAGCUCAACAAAAAGGAAGCCAUAGCUUACACCUACUAUGUGUGGUCCAAUGGGCUAACACUCCUUAUCGUUCAAGUCAGCAUCUUGUACUACGGAGGGCACCUUGUGAUCUCUGACCAAAUGACCAGUGGGAACCUGAUAUCCUUCAUUAUUUAUGAAUUUGUCCUGGGAGACUGCAUGGAGUCAAUUGGUUCAGUCUAUAGUGGGCUGAUGCAAGGUGUUGGCGCUGCUGAGAAAGUAUUUGAGUUCAUAGACCGGAAGCCAACUAUGGUGAAUGAUGGGACCCUAGCCCCUAACCAGCUGGAAGGCAAAGUGGAGUUCAGGAAUGUCACCUUUGCUUACCGCACGCGACCUGCAACCCAGGUCUUACAGAACGUCUCCUUCACUCUGCAUCCUGGAAAAGUGACUGCACUGGUAGGUCCCUCGGGCAGCGGGAAGAGCUCCUGUGUCAACAUCAUGGAGAACUUCUACCCUCUCCAAGAUGGGCAAGUCUUGCUGGAUGGGCAGCCUAUUAACAUGUAUGAGCACAAGUACCUGCACUCAGUGAUCUCUUUGGUGAGCCAGGAGCCAGUGCUCUUUGCCCGGUCUAUUGCUGACAACAUUUCCUAUGGCUUGGCCUCUGUCCCUUAUGAGUCAGUUGUUCAGGCUGCCCAGAAGGCCAACGCCCACAUGUUUAUUACAGAAUUGCAAGAUGGUUACCACACAGAAGCUGGUGAAAAGGGAACCCAACUUUCUGGUGGCCAGAAGCAGAGAGUGGCAAUAGCAAGAGCUUUAAUAAGAAACCCACCGAUCCUAAUACUUGAUGAAGCCACAAGCGCACUGGAUGCAGAGAGUGAACACGCGAUUCAGAGGGCCAUUUAUGGCGAUGUCCAGAGUCACACAGUGCUUGUUAUAGCCCACAGGCUGAGCACUGUGGAGAAAGCACACAAUAUCAUUGUUCUCGACAAGGGCCGUGUGGUACAGCAAGGGACACACAAGCAGCUCAUGGAAGAAGGCGGCCUUUAUUCCAAGCUAGUGCAAAGGCAGAUCCUGGGUCAUGAAACUGGCACGGGCGAUGGCUAUCAGCUGGAUGGUAGCUUGGCUGGCAUCAGGAAAGAUUCUCCAAAGAUGGGACUGUCUGAGGAGUUCCGGGUGUAAGAUUGCACAUGCUGGACUUAAUACUUCCAAACUAGACAGUUGGGUUGUCGGAUGUAUAGGUGAAAACAGUAAGGAGCCCUGUUAAAUUCUCACUGGAGGAGUUAUCUUCUUUGGCGCAGCUUCACUAUUGUUUUCUGCCUGAUGUCUGUUUACAAUACUAAGCAGUAGGUGUCCAGUGCACACUACUUCCAGUAGGCAGUGUCCUGCUGAUCAGAAAGAGAAGAGGGGGCCAACAAUUUCAGGAACCCAUGUUUUCUCUUCUCCCACUGAUACGCAUGCAGAAUAUGUCCUUACUUAUAAACGGGUGUGAUAUUAGGUGCAUGCAUUAUAUGGGAAGAGCAAUGACUUGUGAAGGAUCUCUGAGGGUGCCUGUGUGGGCUGGUAAAGAAACCCUGGCUUAGAGUUGGGCCCUAAGCCAACAGUUGCUUUUUGGGAUCACUUCAGUGCCUAUAGACAUUCUUUCUACUUCCAAGAAAGUUGAGUUGGACCUAUAAGUACUAUGCACUUAUCGGCGUGUACUUUCUGUGGGGUGCUUGGCUCAAACUUUUAACCACCUUAAUAUUCAGAAUUUUGCAAAAAUGGCUGGUGGUUCGGAUACCUCUGUUUUGAAGUAUGCAGCUUGAUUCGAUGGGUCAUUCACAUACUGAAUGUGCAUGAGGCUUUUUUGAAGCCAGCAGCUUUUAAAGCUAUUUAAAUUGGGCAAGAAGAAUAAGUAUUCCUUUUGUGUUCAGUCCUCCUAAGUCACACUGCAGCAGAACGUUCAACCAUAAGAAGGCCUAGCUGGGAGAUAACUAGUGAAGUGCAUCCUUGGCCAGCGGCAGUUACCUGAAAGAGAUCCUUCUUCUGACAAGUACCUUAGCUAACUUUUCAUUUUGGAGAUGGGCACUUUUAAAGGAGACACAACUUUUAAUGGCAACGUCAGUAGCUUACACUUCUGUUGUACUAACUGUUUCACAGUGUCAGUUGGGCAGUCAUAUUCAGAGUAAACAAAACAAUCCUAUUUUCAAGGCAAUUGUGCAAAAACCCUCAGAGUUCUUAACUCGGUUUUAAUGCCUAAAGCCAGACAUGAUUGAAUGAAAACAAACCAACUAGGCUGUAUUGGGAACAUUUUCUAUAGGAGACUUAUUCAAGAAGUCGAAGUUGUGCAAUAACCCAGCACAAGAUCUUUUCUCGGCUCACAUUUCUUGCAGUGAAGUUUGCGCAAGAGGUUUCCUCAUUGGCUUGUGCCCAAGUUGGCAAGCGAGUGGGGAAUCCCAUCAAAAUCUUGUCCAAAGAGUGGCUUCUGCUCCCACUUCCAAAUCUUUGGAAAGAGCUGGGAGCCAUUUUGGGGCUUUUUCUAAGGACUUCAGUUGUCUGAAUUCUUCUGAUCAUCUUAUUGUUCGUUGCGUUGAUUGUAGUGAAACAGAGAGAAGCAAAUGCUCAACUCUAGCUCCACUUUGCAUUGCCUCAUUUGACGCAGUCUUUUUAUAGUUCCAUAAAUUAUUUGGAGGGAUUCAUGUCAGCCAGAUGUUAAAAGUAGCAACGCAGAGAGCAAAAAUCUCUGAUCUGAACGGAGGAUUGAUCGGUUUUAAAAACUCCUUUGGUUAUCCUCUCUUUCUGGUCUCUCCAGUUGCACUCAGUUGUUAACUGACCUCAAGCAUUUUAGUUCAUUUUAAUUCCUUUCUGUUACUUUGAUGCUGCUGUGUUUUGGGGCAGAUUUUUGUU